AUGGUCCGCGAGACUGCUUUCUACGAUCAACUUGGGGUCAAACCCACUGCCACUGAGGCAGAGCUCAAGAAGGCCUACAAGGUCAACGCCCUGAAGUACCACCCUGACAAGAACGCCCACAACCCAGCCGCUGAGGAUAAGUUCAAGGAGAUUUCCCACGCUUAUGAAGUCCUGUCGGACCCCCAGAAGCGCCAGGUCUACGACCAAUAUGGUGAGGCUGGUCUCGAGGGCGGCGCAGGCGGCGGCGGCGGAAUGGCGGCCGAGGACCUGUUCGCCCAGUUCUUCGGCGGCGGCGGUGGCUUCGGCGGCGGCUUGGGCGGAAUGUUCGGCGGCGGCGGUAUGCCCAACCGCGGCCCACCCAAGGCCCGCACAAUUCACCACACCCACAAGGUCUCCCUCGAGGACAUCUACCGCGGCAAGGUCUCCAAGCUCGCCCUCCAGCGCUCCAUCAUCUGCCCGAAGUGUGAGGGCCGUGGAGGCAAGGAGGGUGCUGUGCGUAAGUGCGCCGGCUGUGACGGGCACGGUAUGAAGACCAUGAUGCGACAGAUGGGUCCCAUGAUCCAGCGUUUCCAGACAGCCUGCCCGGAUUGUAACGGCGAAGGCGAGAUCAUCAAGGACAAGGAUCGAUGCAAGCAGUGCAACGGCAAGAAGACGGUCGUUGACAGGAAGGUCCUGCACGUCAACGUCGACCGCGGUGUCAAGAGCGGUGCCCGCGUCGAGUUCCGAGGCGAGGGUGACCAAGCACCAGGCAUCCUGGCCGGUGACGUCGUAUUCGAGAUCGAGCAGAAGCCCCACCCUCGUUUCACUCGUAGGGACGACGACCUGCUGUACAACUGCGAGAUCGAGCUGGUGACUGCGCUGGCUGGAGGCACCAUCUACAUCGAGCAUCUUGACGACAGGUGGUUGAGCGUCGACAUCCUGCCCGGCGAGGCCAUCGCACCAAAUGCUGUCAAGAUGCUCCGUGGCCAGGGUAUGCCGUCGUACCGCCACCACGACCACGGAAACCUUUACAUCCAAUUCAACGUCAAGUUCCCCGAGAAGGGAUGGACCGCCGAUGAGGCUGCCUUCGACCAGCUCCGCAAGAUUCUUCCUUCGCCAUCUGUUCAGAACGUCCCCCCUGCUGAGGCCAUGACUGAGCCAGCCGACCUGGAGGACCCAGACACCAACGCCGGAGCCAGGGCGUUUGGCGGUGGCGAGGGCAUGGACGAGGACGACGAGGAUGGUCACCCACAGGCUGAGCGCGUCCAGUGCGCAUCUCAGUAA